AUGAGAAGAUUGAGAAGAUUCAUUAGAAAGCACGGUCAGAAACACAAAUACCUCCUUUCACGGUUGGACAUGUUAGUGGGAAGAAACCCAAGGAGCCAGAAAGCGACGCCGUUUUCAGCUCAGCCAGACAUUUUCAAGACCCUAUUCGGCGACGCCACCAGCGACGAAGCCGUCCCUUCCAUAUUCUCUGAAAGCAACCCGUUCAGGAGGACGAACCAGGAACCCGGGUUAGGGUUUGUUGCUCCUUCAGUUGAAGCUGCGGAAAACGUUAACCAUGGUGAUUCUGAGAACAGUGGUGAUGACGGUGAGGUGAAAAAGAGGAAGAGAAGGAAGGAGAAGAAAGCUUCUGGUUUGAUUAAUGAAGAAGCUUCAGAGACUCCUUUGGAGGGCAAGAAAGUCAAGAAAAAGAAACUGCAAGAAACACCCAAUUUGGAAAAUCCUAAUUUGGGUUAUGAGUUAAAUGGGGUAUCAAAGAAGGGCAACGGUGAAGCCUCCAACUUGGGGGAACGCCCAAAUAUGGGUGUUGAAACAAAAGGCGGUGAUGGAAUGAGUGUGGUGAAGAAGAUGGACGGGAAGAAGAGGAAAAGAGAUGAGCUUGAGAGGGAAUACGAGGCAAAGAAGUAUGGUGUGAAGGAGAGCGAGGAAGUUGGAGACAAGGAUGUGGGUGCAAAAGUUGUUGGGGAGAAGAGGAAGAUGGUGGAUAAUCCAGCUGAUAUGCUGGUUUCGAAUGAAGGUUUCGAUGAUGAGAGUAAGCUUUUGAGGACUGUUUUUGUUGGGAAUUUGCCCUUGAAAGUCAAGAAGAAGGUUUUGAUCAAGGAGUUCAGUAAAUUUGGAGAGGUGGAGUCCGUAAGGAUUCGUUCUGUGCCAAUCUUGGAUACCAAAAAACCUAGAAAGGGAGCAAUACUUACGAAUCAAAUCCAUGAUAAAGCUGACAGUGUUAAUGGCUACAUUGUUUUCAGAACAGAGGAAUCUGCACAGGCUUCUUUGUCCCAUAACAUGGCUGUGGUUGAAGGACAUCAUAUCCGUGUUGACAGGGCAUGCCCACCUCGUAAGAAGCUGAAGGGGGAGAGUGCUGCUGUAUAUGAUCACACAAGAACUGUUUUUGUGGGUAACCUUCCAUUUGAUGUGAAGGAUGAAGAAGUUUAUCAGUUGUUUUGUGGUAUUAACAAUAUGGAAUCCAACGUUGAAGCUAUUCGCAUAAUCAGGGAUCCUAACUAUGGUAUCGGAAAGGGCAUUGCUUAUGUUUUGUUCAGAACAAGGGAAGCUGCAAAUUUGGUUGUUAAGAAGCGAAACUUGAAGCUUGGGGAUCGGGAGCUCAGGCUCUCUCAUGCAAAACCAGAUUCUACCCCGUCCAAGAGAAAGAAUCCCUCAUCUGGCUCGAAAGCUAAUUCCCCAGCCAAAAAGCUAGCAGUAGGUUCAAGGACUCCGGAUUUUAACAAGGUGGGUUCAAAGGCUACUAAUAGGCAAGAUACGUUCGAAUCAAGAUCUCAGAGUGGAGUGAAGCCGAAAGAACGUAAAGACAAACGACCAUCUGUUGCUGCCAGAAAAGCUAAAGCAUCAUUCAAAGGUGGCCCUGCUGCAAAACAAACAGGUAUAAAGCGUAAGAUGGAUAGCCGAACUCCUGAGAGCUCCCAGCAGAAGAAGAAAUUCAAGAAAUAUAGGUAG